AUGUCCAAGGUGCCCAUCUUGUGCAGAGUCCAAGCUCGGUACCCAUUCAACUCGAAUGACCCGUCCUCACUCAGCUUCGAGCAAGGUGAUUACAUUGAAGUCCUGACCAAGUUGGAUUCCGGAUGGUGGGACGGCUGGUGCAAAGGUGUCCGCGGAUGGUUUCCCAGUAAUUACGUCCAGAUAGUAGAAGACUAUGAAAACGAGGACACUUCUACCAUACGUGGGACAGAUGACAUUUUCUACGAGGAACAACAACAACGCUCGAUGCCGCCCAGCUGGACGUUGCAGAUGACAGAGGAUGGAACAGACUGCUAUUAUUACAACACCACGACGGGCGAGAUGCGAUCGACACAUCCGGACGAUGCCUCAGAAUCGGAACUUGAUGACGGUCUUUCCUACGUCAAUGGAUCGAUCGACGAGGAAGAAGACGAUGAUUUUGACUUUAAAUCCGUGGAUAGUCGAAUGCCUUGGGACGACCAGCCAUUACCACCACAGCCUCCAACAGCACAGCAGCUGACACCAUCAACACUUGAUAAAUUGGGCGAGCUGUCAACGUCAGAAAAGGUAAUUGAAAAGAAGAACAAGAAGCGCGGGCCGCCUCCCCCCCCCCUUUUUUUUUUUGCUUUUCUGUCUCCCUAUUUCUCUAUCUCCACACUGUUGUAG